UCUCCCGCUCCUCUUCGAUUGUUCCCAACUGUGCCGGCCGCGUGUUAAAAUUUGAAGCACGUGGAUUUUAAAACAUAUUGUUUUUAUUCACUUGAGAUAACACUAAGGUGUUUAGAAUUGUCGUUACCGACGUAAUUGUGUAAUUAUUUGCUGAAAUAUAACAGUGUGUUGAAAAUGACUGAGGCGAAAGAAGUGGUUGCCGAGACAAACGGGCAGGAGAAAAAGAAUGACGAAAUUGAGGAUGAAACCGAGUUGGAAAGUGCUAUUAUACGUCAGGUUGAAUACUAUUUUGGUGACUUAAACCUCCCUCGUGACAAGUUUCUCUGUGAACAAGUGCAGCUUGAUGAUGGAUGGGUUCCCAUUGAAAUUCUUAUCAGAUUUAACCGUCUUGCCAAGAUGUCAAGGGACCCAGAAGUGAUUGCUAAAGCUCUUAAUAAGUCCACCAAUGGCCUUUUGGAGAUAUCUGAAGACAACAAAAAAGUCCGUAGGAGUCCCGAAGUGCCUGUUCCAGAGAUGAAUGAAGACCGCAGAAAGGAGCUCAGCAACCGCACCAUAUAUGCUAAAGGAUUUGCAAAAGACUCAACAUUGGAUGACCUUCUCAAAUACUUUAAGCAGUUCAAUGAAGUAGAAAACAUUAUUAUGAGGAAAUACCAGGAUAGGUCCACAAAGAAGAGGCUUUUCAAGGGAUCUGUGUUCGCCACAUUCAAGACUAGGGAACAGGCUGAGAAAUUCAUAGAAAGCAAACCAUACAAGUACUUGGACAAUGAGCUGUUGAUCCUCUGGCAAGAUGACUAUAUACUUCAGAAACAAGAAGAGUAUGCCAACAAACGAGAACAGAAAGACAAGAAAAAUAAGGAAAGAGAAAAGGAGCACACUGAAAAGGAAGACUUCAAGCUACCAACCGGCACAGUGCUGCACUUCAGUGAGGGCACUGAACAGAUGAAGAGAGAAGAUGUCAAGGCAGCACUUACUGCAUUAGGUGCUGACGUCGCAUACAUUGACUUCAAAGUCGGCGACAAGGAGGGCUGGGUUCGUCUCACAAAGGAGAACACAGCAAAGAGUGUCGCAGAAAAGAUGACAGACAACAAAAUAAGAAUUGCAGACGCAGAAGUAGUAUUCAAAGUUCUAGAGGGCGAAGAAGAGAAGUUGUACCUUGAGAAAACAGUCGAAGAAAUGUCUAAAAGACGAAAAAAUAUGAAAAACUUUAAAAAUAAUAAAGGAAGGAAAGGUGGGAACAAGUAUCAUGGCAAGAAACGAAAGCAAGACCAUGAAGACAAUAGUCCUCCAAAGAAACUUAAAACUGACAGCUAGUCAUGGAUGACGUCAAUAAAAACAGCUCUAUGCUUUUCCAUAGACUUUCAUAAAUGCUUAUAAGUGUAUUGAACUGUUAAUAGAUCGAAACUGUUUAACAGGAGUUUCAUUUGUUACUUGAAACAUUUAUUAUUAAAAUUUAUCUUGUAAGAA